CUCCAUCAUUCAAACUUCUCCUUUUGUUCUCGUCUCUGAGAAGAGAAAAUGGUGCUCACAGACUUCAACGGAGUCGGGGUUGGAUUCGGGUUUGGUGUUGGUUGUGGAUUCGGCAUCGGGUGGGGUUUCGGAGGAAUCCCUUUGAACAUCUUAGGCCUUGGUGCAGGCGGUGGCUGCGGGGUGGGGUUAGGGCUCGGAUGGGGUUUCGGGACAGCCUUUGGGGGCAAAUAUCGAUCAUCUCGGGUAACUUUUGAAGGCGUCGAGUUUGAGAAGAAGGAUAAAUUCGAGCACAAUAAGACGCAACACGUUUCGAAAAGUACCUAAGUAAGUGUUUUGGUUCUUCACAACGAAGUUCAUAGUCUGCAUCUUCAUUCAUACGAGAGAUAGAUAUGUCGGAAUCUUUUUUCGAGAGAGGGAAACCAUUGCAAGAUUUUUUUUUUUUUUACUUUCUUGAAAUGGCAAAUGCCAUGGUUUGAUGUUUAAAAGAGAUGGCCGUCCCUAUGUUGUA